GAUUGAGAGCGAGAGGGUAAGGGAGUAAGAGGAGAAUGAGAGAGAGCACCUUAAUCUAUCAUGAGCUAAUAUUUUUUGUCGUUUGUUCUUGGCUGUGCUGAGCAUCUCUCCCACGUCAGAUACUCUCACCCGGGGAAAGGUCUUAAAUGCCCGCCGAUACGACCGCGCACACGCGCUUGCACAAAAAAAAAACGCACGCACACGCACGCCGGGCGAUCGGAGCACGGCUGGAGCCGGGCCAUCUUGCAAAAGAAGAUCCCAGCCCGGCCCAGGGAGGUGAGAGGAGGAAGAAAAGAGAAGGAAGGCUGAAGGGGCGGAAGAGCGAAUAGGAAGCGAGGGAAGGAGUGAAAGAGACUAACGCCGCGUGAAGAGGAGAGGAAGAGCAAGGCGGAGGGGAAUAAAAAGAGUGGGGAAGAGUGUCGCUCACACCACCAGCGGUCCGUGUGGCAGGAUGGGAAAUGCACCCUCCCAAGCUGAUGCUGCGGCCUGUUUCCAGAAGCAAGAUGCAGAGCGUGGCGGCGGUCACUUGAUCUCCACGGAUGACGCGGAGUACCCGCGCGAGUACCGCACGCUGGCCAAUGGCACGCGGCGCUUCUCCAACGUGGGCCUGGUGCACACGUCCGAGCACCGGCACACGGUCAUCGCCGCCCAGAGCCUGGAGGCCCUCGCCGGGCUGCCCAAGGGCGACAUGGAGCGCAAGCGGGACGCCUUCAUGGACCACCUCAAGAACAAGUACCCGCCGCAGCACCCGCCCUCGCCCUCGCCCUCCCACGGCAGCAUGCGGGGGGCGCCAGACCGCAUCCGCGAGCAGCCAAACUACUGGAGCUUUAAGGUCAGUGCUAGCCGUAGUCCACGCCACUCCCAGUCCACCCAGUCCGGCCUGGCCGACCAGGCUGCCAAGCUGUCCUUCGCCUCGGCCGAGUCACUGGAAACCAUGUCGGAGGCUGACAUCCCCCUGGGUUUCAACCGCAUGAACCGCUUCAGGCAGAGCCUGCCGCUGUCUCGCUCCGCCAGCCAGACCAAGCUACGCUCCCCAGGCGUGCUCUUCCUGCAGUUCGGGGACGAGACACGGCGGGUGCACAUCACGCACGAGCUGGGCAGCCUGGACACGCUGCACGCGCUGAUCCUGCACAUGUUCCCCCAGAAGCUGACGGCAGGCAUGCUCAAGUCACCCAACACGGCCAUCCUCAUCAAGGAUGAGGCGCGCAACGUCUUCUACGAGCUGGAGGACGUGCGCGACAUCCAGGACCGCAGCGUCAUCAAGAUCUACCGCAAGGAACCCAUCUACGCCUCAUAUCCUGCCGCCCACCUGGCCAAUGGGGACCUCAGGAGGGAGAUGGUGUACACCUCGCGGGAGUCCUCACCAACACGUCGCCUAGCCAGCCUGCCGUCCUCCGCCUCGCCCACGUCCGGCUCGCCGUCACGCUCCCGCCUCUCCUACGCCGGCGGCCGACCCCCCUCCUUCACCGGGCAGGGACACCCACAGCUGCAGCCGCCCCCGUCGCACGGACACCACCACGGCAUGGGGCACCCACCCGGCUCGGGCCUCUCACCGUCACCCAGCGCCAUCCUGGAGCGGAGGGACGUCAAGCCGGACGAGGAGGUGUCGGGGAAGAGUGUGGCGCUGCUGAAAAGCGAAGGCCUGUAUGCCGAUCCCUACGGCCUGGUGCACGAGGGCCGGCUCAGCAUCGCCUCCACGCAGGCCCUGGCCGCCAUCGGCGACCCCUUCGGCUUCCCCGUCGCCGGGGGGCUAUACCGCCGUGGCUCUGUGCGCUCGCUCAGCACCUAUUCCGCCGCUGCCCUGCAGGGGGAGAUGGAGGACGCCCUUUACAAGCCCGGUGGCCCCCUCUACCCCGACUCCUAUUCCUCCACGCUGGGCACAGGAUUCCGCUUGGGCCCCUCGUCGCCCCAGAAGAUCUCCGACAUGCAGCUACGCGGUGAACGGGACUCAUACUCGGGGCCCCCCAGCCGGUCCUCACCGGUGCGGCAGACGUUCCGCAAGGACUCCUCCUCCGUCUUUGUGGAGAGCCCCAAGUCCCGUCCGGGCUCCAGCUCCGAACCGCUGUGUGGCCCCGGGGGCCUGGGAGGGGACGGGGGUCGGGGCACAAUGGGCUACAACUCACCUUUGGCUGGAAAUGAGACGGAGACACGGGAGCGGAUGGAGGCGAUGGAGAAGCAGAUCGCCAGCCUCACAGGGCUGGUCCAGAGCGUCCUGACCAGGCCACCGGACAGUGACAGCACAUGCAGCCUGCUGCGCCUCUGCAUGAUGGCCGGCUGCCCCCCCCAGCCUGGACUGGGAAUCUCACCGCCCUGCCCUUUCUCUUCCAGCGAGAAGACCGAGUCCACCAGCGACGGCUCGGCCACAGGAACUCAGACACCGUCGGCCCCCCUAGCCCUGAUGCCCCCCCCGCCCAGAGGAGCCACACAGGCCACCACCGUCACCCGGUUGCAGAUGCAACUGCACCUGCACGACCUGCGGCAGAACGCCAGUGACCUGCGCGAUCAGCUCUCCCAGCUGCGCAAGAUGCAGCUCCAAAAUCAGGACUUGGUGAGGUCCCUACUGAAGCGCACCGAGAUGGAGAUCAGCUUGCGUGUGACGGACGCCCUCCGCAAGCAGGAGGACCCCCUGCAGAGGCAGCGCCUCUUGGUGGAGGAAGAGAGACUCAAGUACCUCAACGAGGAAGAGCUUGUUAUCCAGCAGCUGCACGACCUGGAGAAGUCGGUGGAGGAGAUUCAGAAGAACUCCUCUGUGGACCAUAGGCUGGUGUCAUCCCAGGAGCUGGAGGAGAAGGCCGUCGUGCUGAGGAAGCUGGGGGAGACUCUCACCGAGCUCAAGAGCCAGUUCCCCGGCCUGCAGAGCAAGAUGCGCGUGGUGCUGAGAGUGGAGGUGGAGGCAGUGAAGUUCCUCAAGGAGGAGCCACACCGACUGGAUGCCCUUCUGAAGCGUUGCAAGUCCAUCACAGACACCCUGGCCGUGCUGCGCAGGCAAGUGAGCGAAGGCAUCUCUAAGGGACAGGGGGACAUCGCUAGCUCCUUGGCCAAGCAUGCGGAGGACUUCAGCAAGAGCACAGACUUUGACAUCCCUACAAGCCCACCACUCAAUGACUUGGGGUGCAGUUCCAGUCUCGCCAACUGGACGCCUCUCUCUGGAUCCAGCCAUGGCAACCCCCCUGCUGCCACACGUGACCCCCACCCUCCGGUGCCCCUCAAGAGCCGUGCCCUAGAGGAGCUGUCAGGUCGCCGGGGCGGGGACAAAUCGGUGUCCGUGGAGGUCAGACUGGCCGCGGAGCGUGACUGGGAGGAGAAGCGGGCCACCCUGACCCAAUACAGCGCCCAGGACAUCAACAGGCUCCUGGAGGAGACCCAGGCGGAGCUCAUGAAGGCCAUCCCCGACCUGGACUUUGCCGCCAAGCAGAUCAAGCCAUCCGCCCCACCAGGAUCACAGAGCGGCACGUCGACCCCCGAGCACCGGCCUGGCAAGCCCCAGAACUCGGCCCAAAAGCUUUCCAGCAAGGAGGUCGGCUCGCGUCGGGGCUCUGAUGAGUUGACUGUGGCGCGGUACCGCACCGAGAAGCCCUCAAAGUCGCCCCCCCCUCCGCCUCCACGUCGCAGUUUCCCAUCGUCACAGGGGAUCAGCCUCUGUCGCAGUGGGGACGCAGUCGGCAGCAGCAAGAGCAUUAAGAAGUCAGAGUCAGAAGAAAUGGAGGUGCAGAAGCCACAUAUCAAGCUUCGACGUGCGGUCUCCGAGGCCCAGCGGCCUGCCUCCACCCCGCCCCAUGUCGCCUCGGGGGGAAAGGAUGAGGACGACGACGAGAAGGCUGCCGUCGACCCGGAGGCUUUUCAGAGAGCCCGGGGCAAAGCAUACCGCCCCCACUCCUCGCCUAGCAUCCAACGCAGAACCAGCUCGCCCCCCAGCAGUCUGGACCUGUGGCCCCCAGAAGCCCUGGGGAGGACGGAAUCUGUUGGUGGGUCAUCCAUCCAGACUUCUUCUGAUCAUAAUGCAACGGCUCUGCUGUCUGAGUGUGUCCCAGCCUUAUCGUCACAGACUGACAACUUAGUCGGGGCAGGUCUGCAGGGUGGGCACUUUGCGGAUGGUGAGGUGGGGAGAGACUCGGAGACACCACGGGUCUGUUGGGUGGCUUCUGGCAAGCUUGCCCCUCAGCACCAAAGUCCUAAAGAUGGUCGUAAACUUCGAAGGCAGGAUUCCUUAGAGACUAUUGAGAAGGAGGAGCUGGCCCUGAUCCUCACAGACAGGCAGUUGAAGGUCUCACCUAGGAAUGAGGCUCAGGAACUCAUCAGGAAGAAUAAUCAACCAUUGCGAAUAAUGUCCAUCCCCACCCACAAACCAGGAGGGCCCUGUGAGAUUUAUUACCUCCGAGACAACCCGUCCGGUCCAAUUCUGAGCAGUGCGCCGCUCUUUGUACUAUUUAAGGAGCCCCUGGAGGUCAAGGAGGCCUACAGGUGUCUGGAAGCACUGCUGGACGAGGAGGGAGAGGCUGAGACAGUUGGGUCUCAGAGUGUUUCCAGUGGCAAGAUUAGGCUGUCUCGGAAACAGCUGGCGACACUGAGGAGAGCUACGAGGCAGGGAGCAGAGACAAGGUGCCGGAUGCUUUCCCUGUGCCCUGAUACCGAGACACAAGUUGGGGGGACCUAUAAGAACAUAGAGCGCACCAGUGACCGGUUAGCUGCCCCAGUAGAGAGUCAGCCCAAAGCGACCUUGUUGCAUGGGUCACAGGCAGAGGACAUCCGGAGCAGCACCUAUAGGAGGCUUGACAGCUUGGAAGAGACCAUCCGCCAGCUGGAGACUACGCUGCAGGAGAUCGGGGCUCAUCCUGCCUGCAGCUUCCUGGAACAGGGGACUGAUGAGAUAGCGACAGUGGCCUUUGAGGCGUCACAUUCCCCGGACAAGAAAAAGCCUCCCAUCCCACCCAAACCAACCGGAGUCCCAGCAGUCAUCACUAAGGGCGGAGGCUCUGGCAAGGGUCUCCACUCAUCUGCCUCAUCCCGCCUGAAACAUCUGCAGCAGAGCGCUCCAGAGAAGGGCAAGACAAGCAAGUUGCGUGAGGAUUUCCUUAAGAGUCAGGGGCAGCAGCAGCAGUGAACAGCCCAACUGGUUUCCCCCCCAGCAGUCUCACCCGUCUCCAGAACUGUCUUCUCCUUCUCCACUGGGCUGCUGGCUUUGGCCUGCCUACCUACCCCCACCCCCCCCACCUUAGGCCGCCUGCACAAGUGCUCACUGUACAGUGAGUGUGUGUGGAGGGGGGUGCUUACGGUGGCCCCCUCGACCUUCCAGACCUGCAAGACCUCUCAGCAGAAGAACCACACUGCUCUCCUUGUUUUCAUCCCCUGAAAUCCCGUCGUCUUUCCCUUCUUCCUCCUCCUUCAUCGGAAACUGUACCUCCAGAAGGGGGCGCUAUCCUCCCAGUCAGGCGAAGGUGAUGCUCGCCAGCAUUUCUGCCUCCAGCCUAAGUGCUGAAGCCCCGUUUCUCACCAUCAUCUGGCCAAGGAGCGGCGACCUUCCCCUGCCCCGCUGUCACUGCCCACCGCCACCGGCCACCUCCUCGUUGCCCUCCUCCUCACCCACUCUCUCGCCGUCGGGCCUCCAAACUGCAGGCCGAGCUGCGCUGUACUUCAGCCAUGGCACCUACAAGGAUCAAGAAGUGUCGCCCCUAUGUAAGCCCAUCCCACAAGGUGGCACACCUUUCAGCGAAUUGUGAGGGAAUCAGAAGAUCAGUUGGGGAUCCAGUAAAUACCAAAAUAACAGCAGGUCACCUGCUGUGCUCCACUUUGGUCAGGCUGACUGCAACAACUGGGAGAAAGGUUCUGUUCCCCCGCCCCCUUACAGGAUGAUCCUGGGAACCCCCAUCCAAUCAAAAUGCAUCGCAGGCAUUCUCAACAUAACUCGCUAUUACUUAGUCGCCUGCCCGUUUAAGAGACAGCAUCGCCCGUUACGCCUUCAGGAAGAGCCAAAGCUCCUUUGUGAGUCCCAGCGUGCACCAUGAGUCCCAGCGUGCACCGUGAGUCCCAGCGUGCACCAUGAGUACCAGCAUGCACCGUGAGUCCCAGCGUACACCGCGAGUCCCAGCGUGCACCGUGAGUCCCAGCGUGCACCGUGAGUCCCAGCGUGCACCGUGAGUCCCAGCGUGCACCAUGAGUACCAGCGUGCACCAUGAGUACCAGCAUGCACUGUGAGUCUCCGCUUAGUGAUGCUGGUCAUUUGCAUUCAGACUCAUUUCAGUCCAAGUCAGAGGCAGUGUUUGCACUCUUUCUUUCAAAGCAGCUUCUAGUCAUCUCUGUACUGUUCCACCUGAACCUUGAUCUUCUGCAAUGAAGGCUGGCUGUGUUUAUCUUUUUUUUCUUUUUGACCUGAUCAUGUAUAGCCUAGAACAGUGUUUCCCAACCCGGUCCUCAGGGACCCCCCCAGACAGUCAAUAUUUUUGUUCUCUCCCAGCUUCCAACACACCUAUACCAGGAGUUCUUGGCUGGAAGCUUGGAAAAAGCAAAACUGUAGAUUGCUGCUGGUCCCCCAGGACUGGGUUGGGAAACACUGGCCUAGAAAACCAGUCCUAUGGACGCUAAGAUGGGGAGACCCAGCAUAUUUUUUCCAUCAGUGCCAAAUUUCUCACAAAAAAAGAAACCUUAUUUCUGUUUCCUAACUGUGAAAUGUACUGUAGAUGUGUGCAAUAACAAGGUUAUAAAAUGUCGUUUCGGCCGGUGUGUCCUGACACAUCUUAUUUACAGGAAAACAAAAAGAAAAUUGGUUGGAGAGGGAUGACUUGGGGCUACUUCCAGUCCCGAUGUCACCCGCGGUUGUGCUAAUACUAAACGGUGCUACACUGCUGUUCAUGUGAAUGCAUUCACCACACACUUCUGCACUGGCAGACUGAAUACCAUGUUACAGUCUUUACACUGACUCCUACCUAUGUCUGGAGCUCCACACUGAGUGUCUGUCUCUACUCAUUACAGCUCGCUUAUCUUCCCACUGUACAGAAAGGGAGUAAGAGCAGUCCCCCUUUGCUAUAAAAGUGUCACUAGUUUGAAUAGAAGUAGAUGUAGACUGCACACAUAGGGGAGUCUACGCUGUAUACCCUUUCAGCUUAAACUGUGUUGUGACUAGACAAAGGGGAGACACGUCAAAGACGAUUUGAGUUAUGUGCAAUAUUUACGUUUCUUUUGCAACAAGCAAAACAGAUUCGACUUAAAAGCACAAGCUACAAUACUUGUAUUCACAACUGUUUUGGGAGGGGAUAUUUUAGAUAUUAGAUUGGUCAUUUUCCUACGUAAUCUUGAAUGCUAAUUAGUACUAUCGUUUGUGCUGAUCCUGUGUGUGGUGUUCCCAGAUCGCGCAUUAACGAGGCCGUGUUAUGCCAGCAUCCUGCUCUGGGUUUAGUUUCCGCAGGGAGCCCCGUGCAAACCGCGCAGGUGUUUGUGUCGCAGCCGCGUGAGCCGUGCAUUCAAGCCCCCUUACUUGUGCAUUUUCCAUGGGCCCGCCUGGCAAGUACGACCCCCACAGCGCUCAUCGGUAGCAGGCUGUCUGUGUCUUGAACUGCAGUUCUUGAAGGCUCUGUAAUUUGACGAUGCUGCCCGUUGAGGCUGCGGGGACACCUGGCGAGAUCGUCCAAGAGAGAGAAAAGGAGGGUAGUAAUAUGAGACUCUGUGACAGCUGUUAGAUUGGAAAUAAAUUACAGAACUUACCUUUUAUAUUGGGAGCUGCGCGGUUGCAUAAGGUCUUUGUCGGCAGUUAGUAUAUUGGAGACAGGGGAACAAAGAGGCAACGGGCACUGCACUGAUGCUACAUGCUCCCGCCGGCACAACACUGCCCUCUGGUGGCUCAAUCCGCACAGUGCCACUUUGUAUCGGCUCUUGGGAAUCUAAGCCGAUCUUUAGAGCAAUUAUCAGUGUUUUAGGGAUAUAAAAAUACGGCUCUGCUUUCCACUAAGCAAGAGCAUAGCAUCGUGCUCUUUUCACGGCCCCGUAAUUUGCGAUGAUUGGUGAAUAAUGGCUUUUCUUUGAACUUCGUGCACAAUAGCGUAACUCCUGAUCGCUGUUAGCGUUGCAUUCCUGACGUCACUCAAGGGCUCUCUUCUCACUCUAAGAGCAUAAAUAGACUGAAGCUUUUCAUCAAACACUCCACAUUUACUUCUGUUAAUAGAUACACUGGCGAAAGUGAUUAACCGUGGUGAGAAAUGGAUAGUGAGUUUAAAUGGAGGACCAGUAGCACUUAAGACAGUCUUAAAAGGUUUGCUGCGGCGUGGAAUCGUUUACGGGCAGAUCAGACGCGAUAACGGAGAAAAAGCGGAGUGUGGCAGAUCUUCAGAGAGCACAGUGUCAUAAACGGGCUUCUUUACGAAGACUCUCAGCUUGUGCCUUCAUCCAUAAUACAGGGUCUUUCUAUGCUGUCUUUUAGGAUGAAAAAAUAUGAAACAGGGGUUCUACAAAAAAAGGAAUAAGAAAACUCCCCAAUCUCAAUUCACACUCAUUAAGUGGAUGGAUGACUUGUAUUUAAUUUUAUUUUCGUCCUGGUUGCGCUCUUCACUCGAUUAAUAGAGCACACAUAGCCACCGUCCACUCCCACUAUAAUCUCACGUUUUCCUAACACCCUGAGAUUCAACCAUACUUAAACUCUUCAAGUCUUAAGACCAGUUGCAAAAGGGUUUUUUUCCGUCAAUAGUCACAAGUCAGUAUUUCUAUCUGUUUGAUUUUUCAAUUUCCCUUCAAGUUCAUUGUGGAACAGAUAAGUCGUUAUAUCAGAGUGAUUAAAGACAAAAUAGAUUCUUUAAAUAAUUGAAAUUAUAAAGCAAAGUACAGAUAUAUAAAUGUAUAAAUAUGUCUUUAGUCAAAAGUUGGUGUAUGAAAUUACAAUGUGAAGAACAGUGUGAAAAUGUGUAAAUGGCAUCAUCUUCUAUUUGCUUUUUAUAUAAUUCUUUUGUAAUUUUUUUUUUAUUCUUAAAAAAAUAUAUAUGUAUAUAUAUCAUAACUGGAAAUUAUUUUAUCCACAAACAGAACAUUUUAUAUAUUGAGUUGAAUAUAUAUACUAUGUACAUAUACGGUAUAGAAUUGAACCUUGGUUGAUUUGCUGAUCUACCGGAUAUGCAAGACUGGUGUAGAUUUUAACUAUAUGAAUGUCUUUUUUUAAUUGUAUUUCAUCAGGGUUUAUAAUGUCAACCAUGAUUGCUGUUUUUUUUUUUUUUUUUGGUUGGUUGCAUUUUUUUUUAUCGCUGUUGGCAGAACUGAUUCUGCAGGGUCCGCAUGCAGCCCAGCAGCCGGCAGGGGCGGGGCGAGGGGGGGGGGUCACGCGGAUUCUGCAAAAUGCAAAAGUAUUAAAGCUGCAGAAUUGCAUGUGGUCCAUGCAGCUGCACCUUGCACUUGCAUGACAUGCAGGUGCCACAAAAGAUGUUGGCUUUUACUGUCAAGACCAGGGGAGACUAUUUUAAGAAGCUGACUGACGUUUGAUGAACAUUCUCUUUGCCCGUGUCUGCAGCCUACGAGAGGGGUAGAUCCCGUCGGCUUCAGGGCCCUGGAGAAUCCCUACUGCCUUUCCUAACCAAAACAUUGUUGAUCACUUAAAUCAAGGCUUUAACGACCCCCCCCCCCACGACCCACCUCCACAAAAACUUUAUGUUCGUGCUACAGUUUAGUAUAUAGAGACCUACUGUAGCAUCCUCAAAAGACAGAGAGCACAAGCUAACCGUCCCAUUCCUGCACAGCACAGUCCUGCAGGCACAUUUUAUUUAUUUAUUCAUGUAUUUUUUUUGGGAGAGGUACAAUGUCAGAAUGUCUCAGAUACCAAGUGGAUUGCUUAGGCCAUACCUGGCUUUGUGGUAUAUGCUUGAGUGAUGUCGGUUGCCUAGAGGACAGGCGCAAGUGCUGGUCAAGGAGCUGACAGCACACUUCAUACCCCCAGAGAAGGGGAAGGUAUUACUUCAGACAUUCUUGCUGUCUUUGGUUAUUCCCAGCACACAGGGUCCUGUGUGUUGUGUCCUAUCUGAAGGUUGGAUGUGUGGAUGUUCAUGGCAUCAAAAAAAAAAAAAAGCUUAAAAAAAAAACCUGUGUAAAUAGGAUAAACCAUUCUUAGUGUCCACAAGAUGGUCUCAUGUCCAAAAUGUUGUCAAAACGUGGACGAAAUCUUAAAUAAAUUAUAAUAAUGCAUGUAUAUUCUCAAUCGCACGAUGCAGUUGGAAAAUGUUGUCUUUGUUUUGUAAAAGAAACUAACGUUGACCUCAAAAAAUUUAUUAUACUAUAGCAAAUAAAAAAGGUUUUAAUUGGUCCAUGUCUGUGGUUCAGGCAUCUAUUACUGUAAUACUGGUUAAUAAAAUUGUGUAAAGGGGAGACUGUAUUCACACAGACAGCAAAUAUAGUUUGAGAUUGAGAGUUUCUACAUAAACCAUCCAGUAAUGGUGUUGUUUUUUCCCCUAGGGAGUGACGCUUUCGUUUGUAGGAUAGCAUAAUAGACGAACAGCUACAGAGUCAGAUACACUGAUGCAUACUAACAGUCUAAUUGCUCCGUGUGGACGCCCUGAUGUUACCGUGGGAACCGUGUCUUUUGUGAGAAUACGGAGGCUGCUUUUCUUUUGUACAUACUCGCUGUGUUCGUAUGACAAAUAAAGUUCAGCUCUCUCGUA